GCAGAAUGUAUGUAAGUAACUGUCGCUUUAUCGUUACUUUGAUCGGUUUUAUAGGACAACCUUGUCAUAUUGAAAAUGGGUCUUGAUGUACAAACGGCGUCUUCGCCAGCCAAAAAGGAGGAUGACAAGAGAAAGCAAGUAGUUCAACGGAGAUCUGGAUCCUCAAAAGGUGGGGUUGAAAAAGAUGAAGGCAGAGUGAAGAGCCAAACUCGGCGCAGUGCUUCCAAGGGGAACAGCAGUUCCAGCUCCAGUAGCGGCUCGGAUUCAAGCUCCAGCUCAUCCACAAGCUCUUCCGGCUCCAGUUCAUCUAGCUCUCGCUCAUCUUCAUCGUCCUCGCCAAGCCCCAACCGCCAACGACACAACAGGCAGCGCUCCCGCUCAAAGUCCAAAUUGAUCAAGAAAGAUGAUAGGCAACGGCGACAGAGGAGUCCUGCUCCCAGACCCACCAAGGUGUGCCUGGGCCAACUGACAAGAAAUGUCAUCAAGGAUCACAUCCAGGAGAUCUUCUCCGUCUACGGCAAGAUCAAAAUGAUUGACAUGCCUAUGAAUCGUCUUCAACCUCAUCUAUCCAGAGGCUAUGCCUACAUAGAGUUCGAAACCCAUGAGGAAGCAAAGAAGGCACUUAGACACAUGGAUGGAGGACAGAUUGAUGGUCAGGAGAUCACAGUCACUGCCGUCCUCACUCCGACAGUGCGCGCCUUACCUAGGAGACUGACCCCUCCCCGACGAAUGGCACCUCCACCUCCAAUGUGGCGACGCUCUCCACCUCGAGUGAGAAGACGGUCACCAAGACGACAUUCCCCGGUCCGCAGGAUGUCUCGAUCCGUUGGCCACAGUCGCCACCGGUCCCGCUCUAGUUCCAACUCCUCACGCUAGGGAUCAACGUACCACCCCCAGAAAUGUACAAAUUAAAUUUUGUUUUGUGAAUGCUGACAGGUGAGCUUUCAUGGUCAAAGUGUGCUUUUACCUUUAGCUGCUUUCAUUUUUGUUGUUGUUCUAAAGCACACUUAUUUAGAAUUGGGCUGGAGUACUACUGUUCCAUUUUCCUGUCCAAUUAUUGGAUCCAAGAUACUUUUUCGAAAUCAAAAGGCAAGCUCAAAAACAAAGCAUUUAUGAAACACUUAAGAUUGUACUUCAGUCAACACAGGUUUAUUCAGUUGCUAGCGGCCUUAUUUCCAUCGUUGUAAGAUGGCCAUGAUCAGCCAUUUAAAAGUCAUUAUUAAAAUAUUUUUGAAAAUGCACUAUCCUAAAAUAAAUUUUAAGCAACUGUAAGAUACAGUACAGUGUAUAUGUUUAUCGUUCAAUCGCAUUUAUUAAAAGUGUGAACAAAUGAUGAAUAAAUUAAAAAAACAAAAACAAAUGGCACAUAAUUCUUUGAAAAAACAGUUGAAUUGUCUUGUCUGCAUCUAAAUAAAAAAAAUCCUUUUGGUUUGUGACAAAGUAAACUGCACUGA